AUGGCACAUUCGUUUGCAAAUGAACAAACGGAUCCUACUAUUCCGCUAGGCGCAAACAAAGGCGGACCCCAUGGGCUGGGCGAUCCGGAAGACCGUCGACUGCGGAAAGUGGAGCUAGAGGUGCUGAUCCCCAAGAUAAUGCGGGAACGUGCUAAAACAGAGAAGUGCUUGACGGAGGUGAGAGCAUUCGAAGAUUGCUGCAAGGGUUCCGGUUUGUUCAUGAUUGCCAAAUGCCAGGAACAGAACGAGGCUCUCAAAGCCUGCAGCCUGGAGUGGUACCGGAACGAACAGUUCAAGAAAGAAUGUACCGAAAUCUAUCUGGCAGAACGAUGUGAAUUCCGAAGAACAGGGUUACCGAAAAAGUUUAGAAAGAAUAAUGCUACUGAUCAGUAA